GUAUCUCUCAUUCCCGGGACCUGGUUGGGUGUGGUGGGAAAAAUGUCCAAAAUGGGACAUGGUGGGUUGGCAGCAAAAUUAUCCAAAAUCAAAACUUGAUGAUAGCGUUGGCCGUAUCUGUGUCUCUCAUUAGCGAUUACACUAUCCAUCUUCGCUCACUCUAACACUCUUUUACGUACGGACACAGACACAGGUUAGCACAUUCGAUUUGCUAUCUUCUGCAGUUCAAUGUGGUUAUUCUAAAUUUCAGUCGCUACUUUUGUUCAUCAUUGCUGCAUUUUUUUGCGUUUCAAUGACCGUCUUAGUUCUCUGCUCCUCAACCGCUUGUUGUAGCAGCAGCAGCAGCAGUAUGUCAUCUUGUUACGCUUUGGCUGAUACUAAUUUCUCUGUUCUAAGCAAUAAUGGGUUCUUAGGAGGGAAGAAUUUUGUCAAAAUGAAGAAUUUAUCAAAAGGGUGUUGUUUAAAAUGGAAGAAAAAUGGAAGAAGACAAAUGGGUCAUCGUGGUUUUAGGCUAAGAUGUGCCCAUGAGGUUGUUGUGGUGAAUGGCAGCAAGAGCAAAAUAAGUGUGUCACCUGAGGAAGUUAUUGGCGUUUUGAAGUCUAUUUCGGAUCCGAGUUCGAGUCUUUCGUACUUGAAAUCGGUUGCCCAGUUGCCGAGUCUUGUGCUCACGACUGACGCGUGCAAUUACAUGCUUGAGUUAUUGGGGGCUCACAGGAGGGUUGAGGAUAUGGUUGUUGUUUUUAAUUUGAUGCAAAAGCAUGUUAUUUACAGGAAUUUGAAUACCUACCUGACUAUUUUCAAGGCUCUCUCAGUUAAAGGUGGGAUUCGACAGGCACCGUUUGCGCUUGGAAGGAUGAGGCAAGCUGGGUUUGUGUUGAAUGCGUAUUCAUAUAAUGGACUGAUUCAUUUGGUAGUCCAACCUGGCUUCUGUAUUGAGGCUUUGAAGGUUUACAGAAGAAUGAUCUCAGAAGGGAUGAAGCCUAGCAUGAAGACGUACUCAGCAUUAAUGGUGGCAUUGGGGAGGAGAAGGGAAACUGGAAUCGUUAUGAGUUUAUUGGAAGAGAUGGAAACUUUGGGUUUGAAGCCAAAUAUCUACACAUAUACCAUAUGCAUUAGAGUGCUUGGGAGGGCAGGGAGAAUUGAUGAUGCUUGUGGGAUUUUGAAGAAAAUGGAUAAUGAAGGAUGCGGGCCUGAUGUUGUCACUUAUACGGUUCUAAUUGAUGCUCUUUGUACUGCAGGGAAACUUGAUAAGGCCAAGGAGUUAUAUAUAAAGAUGAGAGGUAGCAGUCACAAACCUGACCGGGUAACAUAUAUUACUUUGAUGGACAAGUUUAGUAACUGUGGCGACUUGGAGAUGGUGAAAAAAUUCUGGAGUGAGAUGGAGGCUGAUGGUUAUGCUCCUGAUGUGGUUACCUACACUAUACUUGUUGAGGCUUUAUGCAAGUCCGGGAAUGUUGAUCAUGCAUUUGCUAUGUUAGACGUGAUGAGAACAAAAGGGAUUUUUCCAAAUCUUCAUACGUACAACACAUUGAUCUCUGGACUUUUGAAGUUGAGAAGAUUAGAUGAGGCAUUAGAACUCUUUGAAAAUAUGGAAUCUUUGGGUGUUGGACCUACUGCUUAUUCGUAUGUUCUUUUCAUCGACUAUUAUGGAAAGUCUGGUGAUACUGGAAAAGCUCUUGGCACCUUUGAAAAAAUGAAAAGAAGAGGCAUUGUGCCUAGUAUAGUAGCGUGUAAUGCAUCUUUAUAUACUCUUGCAGAAAUGGGUAGGAUCAGAGAAGCAAAAGAUAUAUUCAAUGAUCUUCACAAUUGUGGGCUUUCACCAGAUUCAGUAACCUAUAAUAUGAUGAUGAAGUGCUACAGCAAAGCAGGGCAAAUAGACAAAGCAAUCGGGCUUUUGGCUGAGAUGAUGAGCAAUGGGUAUGAACCAGAUGUUAUUAUAGUUAAUUCUUUAAUUGACACACUUUACAAGGAUGAUCGAGUUGAUGAGGCGUGGCAAAUGUUCCGAAGACUGGAGGAUUUGAAGCUAGCUCCUACAGUUGUGACAUACAACAUUUUACUUACCGGUUUGGGGAAGGAGGGGAAAAUCCCAAAGGCCCUUGAAUUAUUUGGGAGUAUGUCAGUGUCUGGGUGCCCUCCAAACACCGUAACAUUUAACGCACUCCUUGAUUGUCUUUGCAAGAAUGAUGCAGUUGAUUUGGCCUUGAAGAUGUUCUGUAGAAUGACAGCGAUGAACUGUAGUCCUGAUGUUCUGACAUAUAACACUGUUAUCCAUGGCUUGAUCAAAGAAGGCAGAACUGAUUAUGCAUUCUGGUUUUUCCAUCAAAUGAAGAAAUUUCUCGCCCCUGAUCAUGUAACUUUGUGCACCCUCCUUCCCGGUAUUGUGAGGUAUGGAAGGGUUGAGGAUGCAAUCAAGAUUGUUGUAGAAUUUGUCCAUCAGGCAGGUUCACAUACAGACAAACAAUUCUGGGGAGAGUUGAUAGAAUGUAUUUUAGUUGAAGCAAAAAUUGAAGAGGCCAUUGCAUUUGCUGAAAGAUUGGUGUUCGAUGCUAGUUGCCAAGAUGACCAUGUAAUGUUACCUCUAAUCAGAGUUCUGUGUAAGCGGAAGAAGGCCCUUGAUGCUCAAAAUUUAUUUGACAAAUUCACCAAAACUUUAGGAGUUCACCCAACCCUGGAAUCAUAUAAUUGCUUGAUGGAUGGGCUUCUUGCAUGCAAUGUCACUGAAAAGGCUUUAGAACUUUUUGUGGAGAUGAAGAAUGCUGGUUGUCACCCAAACAUCUUCACUUACAACUUGUUGCUUGAUGCUCAUGGUAAAUCUAGGAGGAUUGCUGAACUUUUUGAAUUGUACAAUGAGAUGCUGUGUAGGGGAUGCAAGCCUAAUGCUGUAACUCAAAAUAUUAUCAUCUCUGCCCUUGUGAAAUCUAAUAGCCUAAAUAAGGCAUUAGAUUUAUAUUAUGAACUCAUUAGUGGUGAUUUCUCUCCCACUCCCUGCACAUAUGGCCCUCUUAUAGAUGGUCUUUUAAAGGCUGAAAGAUGUGAUGAAGCACUGAAGUUUUUUGAGGAGAUGUUGGACUAUCAAUGCAAGCCCAACUCUGCUAUUUACAAUAUUCUCAUCAAUGGAUUUGGGAAAGCAGGUAAAAUUGAUAUUGCUUGUGAUUUUUUCAAAAGGAUGGUUAAGGAAGGAAUAAGGCCAGACUUGAAAUCCUACACCAUUCUUGUAGAAUGCCUGUGCAUGACUGGUAGAGUUGAUGAAGCUGUGCACUACUUUGAGGAACUAAAGUUAACUGGCCUUGAUCCUGAUACAGUUUCUUACAAUCUUAUGAUCAAUGGGCUUGGAAAAUCACGUCGGUUGGAGGAAGCUCUUUCUCUUUUCAGUGAAAUGAAGAAUAAGGGAAUUUCUCCCGAUCUUUAUACUUAUAAUGCAUUGAUUCUCCAUCUUGGAAUUGCUGGAAUGAUAGACCAAGCUGGAAAAAUGUAUGAGGAACUGCAACUGGUGGGUCUUGAACCUAAUGUCUUCACUUAUAAUGCUCUCAUUCGCGGUCACAGUAUGUCUGGAAAUAAAGACCAAGCCUUUUCUGUAUUCAAGAACAUGAUGGUUGGGGGGUUUAGCCCCAAUGCGGAAACAUAUGCUCAACUGCCUAAUAAAGGUUGAUUCUGCUGAGUUAUCUCAUGGGGUCAUUUCUUAUUUCUUGUUUCAGUCUCUGAUCUCAAAAGGGAGGCAUGAAGGGACACUUGGCCCUGUUGCCUACACAAUGUCAGAGACUGGAGAUGUAUUUAAUGACCAACACACAUUGCGUCAGCAGCUCCCUACUAUACAGAUGGAGCCUUUACCUCCCUAGGGAUAUAGAAAGGAGGUGGGAAUGUACAUGGGAGAAGGAUUAAAAAAGAAAUGGUGUGAUGGGAUCACACCAAGAUAUCAAACCAAUAAUGUGUAAAAUAUAUGAGCAUACUUUAGGCGAUGGCUAAUGUACCUUUGGAAAUAGGCCAUGUACGGAUACCAUAAAUUUUUACUGGUUAUCAGAAGGGACUUCUGAGAAAAAUAUGAUCAUGAGAUGAAAUGAAAUCUAGUCUUGAAAACAUGAGUUGUCUCUCUAUAUAACUUUUAGCUAAUGCAUCAUUUGUCAACUGAUUUUUACGGUUCCAGCCCCUUGAUCAACAUAUGCUAUUUGCUAUAUACUCACUUCUUAGCAUAUAGCUUUUCCAUUUUUCCACGAUCAAGCAAUUGCUUAGAAACACUGCCCAUUUCAGAAACCUUUGUGUAUUCCAGAAACCUUGCCUUCAGGAAGGUGGGUGGCUGAGAUCAAAGACUCCUCUCAGCAUGUAGGGUUAUGGCUGGGAACCUUUGACACACCAGAAGAGGCAGCAAGGGCUUAUGAUGAAGCAGCUAGAACCAACUUUGCAUCACCAGAAAACCAACAAAACCAGGCUCUGAUGAUGCCCUUUCGUAUGAUGGAAAGCAUAGUGGGUUAAGCUUUGCUUCCUUGAAAGCCAAGUUAAGCAGAAAUCUGCAGAGCAUCAAGGACAGGGUCAGUGAUUGCAACUCAUCAAAGAGCAGGGUUAGUCACCGUCUCACUUUGCUACCUUUGUGCAGCUUGGUACCAGGGAUCACCGUUUGGCUUGUUCCCUGUGUGAGAUUUUGUUCCAUUGCAAACUCAUUAGCUGCUUCACGGGAGUGCCAUUUUCUCGCUGUCUUCAACUUUGGGGACUCCAAUUUUGACGCCGGAGGCCCAGUAUGCAAAAAGCCACGAGAUGCACCAGCUGUGAUCAAGUGGCACAUAUCUACUCUUUGUGAUGCAUCAUCUGUGAUUAAGUAUGUAAAAAGCCAUAAGAAGUCUACAGCCAGCAUCAAAUUUCAGCAAACAUUUUUUGCAAUGAAGUUAGCACUAAGUGCUGCUUAAUACACUUCACGAGGUCCUUCAUUCCUAAAUCCUGACAUGAUGGUACCUGGUUAUGGAGUUCUUGCCUAACUACGAUCUUAUGUCCGGAACAUCCAUGGCAUUCCCUCAUGCUUCUGAUGUGAUUGUUCUUCUGAAGGCUGCACACCAUGAAUGGAGACCAAACAAUAUAGGGUUCUGCACUAGUAAUCAUAGCUAGUCUUUUGGAUAGUUCUCAAAAUCCAAUUUGGAGCUAUAGGAAUAUUCUGAAGGUUUGUUAUUUUGAAGCCUUUUGAUGAUGAAGGUUGGCAAUGGUUCCGUGCUCCAGAAGAAACUUGGUAGAGGAGCCAGACUGUAUGGAAGAAUACAAAGUCGGAUGACAACUACAACCGCGAGAGCAAGACAAUGGAAGGACGCACUGCAGAUUUCAAAACAGGUGUGGGUAGAGGUGGGAGGAUGCAUUGAUGCUUACAGAUCACAAUGGGGCAUUAGGAUUCAGUUUUAAUUUUAAUUUUUGAAUUUUAAUUCAAAUUAAUGAUGUGGCAAAAUACUGUAAUAUACAAGGAUGACAGUGUAAAGAGCAUUGCAUAACACUUAAGCUCUUAGAAAAAAAACUAGUUAUGUAUGUUUUACUAUGCUUUUUCUGUAUAGUUGCAUAUUUUCAUCGCAUUACCAUAAAACUACGGAAGGUAUGUAAUUUAAUGCCAGAGAUCAUAUCACAAAAUUGGUACUUUUUGUGUGUGAUCAGAGUAACUGUUCUGGUAUAAUGUUCGAUGAACGGAAAAUGGCCAUUUAGAUGUAUUAUAAGCACUGAGUGGUGCACAUUAUACAUAUGUAUGUGUAUACGUAUAUGUAAGAUACAUAUUUUCACUGUU